GUUGGCGGGGAGGAGGGAGGGAGGAUUUACUUGUGGUGUGCCGGAGCUAUAAGAUCUUUGUGCCGAAGUACCAGUGCCCCCAGACAGCCCGGGGCCCGUCGCGGGGGUGACGAGAUGACCAAGUUCUCCCACCUGCAGAUGACCGCCAUGGUGCUGUUUUCCUUCCUGCUGACCCUGAGCCUGGGCUUGUGGCUGCCCGAGGUGCUGAGGGCGUUUGUCAAAGUGUUUGGUUGCCCCGAGGAACUGGUGCCCCACAGCAUCGUGCUGAUGUACCUGGUGUUUGUGCUGUGCCUGGCAAUGCCCGCUCUGCCCCGCGGCUCUGUAAAGGUUGAGGAUAAAGCCAUCUUGAUCACUGGAUGUGAAAAAGGAUUUGGCUUUGCUUUGGCAAAGCAUCUACAUGCCAAGGGGUUUUCUGUUUAUGCGAGCUGCCUUUUGAAGGAUAAAAACGAAGGUCCUCAAAUACUUGAGAAGAUGAAAUGUGAGCGUCUAAAAGUUCUUCAAAUGAACGUUUGCUCAGAUGAGGAAGUGCAACAGGCGGUGGAAUUUGUAAGGAGACAUUUGAGGGAUCCGGAGAAGGGACUCUGGGGUGUGGUGAACAAUGCUGGCAUCUCCACGUUUGGGGAGGUGGAAUUUACAAGUAUGGCACAUUACAAGGAAAUUGCAGAUGUCAACUUGUGGGGAACUAUGCGAGUUACUAAGGCAUUCCUUCCCCUUAUCCGGCGAGCUAAGGGUCGUGUUGUGAAUAUUGCCAGCAUGUUUGGACGCAUUGGCAUUGCUGGCCAGUCUGCCUACUGUAUUUCAAAUUAUGGAAUGGAGGCGUUCUCAGACUGUCUGCGUUAUGAACAACGGCGUUGGGGUGUUAAAGUCAGCAUCAUUGAGCCAGGAAACGUUGUAGCUGCCACAGACAUCCUCACUCGUGAUCACAUUGAAAGCAUAGCUCGUAGACUGUGGGAUGAAACUGAUGAAAUUGUCCAAGAAGAUUAUGGAAAAGCAUAUUUCGAUCGACAGACAAUAUCAAUGAAAACUUUCUGUAGCAGCAGUUCAAAAGACAUAGCUCCUGUUAUUAAUGCCAUCACUGAUGCACUAACUUCCAGAUAUCCAUACUGUCGUUAUGAACCAGUGGAUACCUACUGGUGGAUUAGAUUGCAUGUGCUGAACUACUUACCAACUCCAAUAGCUGACUGGUUGUACAACAAUUAACCAACCUUCCAGUGUGUUAUCAGAGUGAUCAGCUUCCAACGUAUCGUGCCAAUUUCCUCAUCUUCCAGCUCCAUUACUUAAUGCCCACUAACUAUUAUCUUAACUCAAGUUUACCUGCUGGAAUUGUAUAAAAAUUAAUCAUAUCAUACUUUAUAAGUUUUAUGUGCACUUCAAUGCAAUUACUUUUUAUUUGAAGAAUUAUGUGGUAGAAAUUAAUUUGUUGUUAUUUACGUUGAAUGCUAUGUACUGUAGUUCAUGUCCAAAGCAGAGUGCAGCAUGCUGCCACUUUAUAUACAGGGUAUUCAUUGA